GGGUUCUGCGACGGAACCGGAAGUUCGGUUGGGAACAUUUGUAUACGACUCCAGCAACUGUUGCUAGCUUCACACAGCCUGCUUAUGCCCAGUUUCCGGCUGCUGUUGUAAAGGCUCGCUAGUAACAACAAUAGCUUAGCUAGUAGUAAAGAUGGAGAGCGAAACAGGUAUCGAGAGCCUACGGCUGCGGAUUGAUGACUUGGAAAGGAAGCUGUAUGGCGACCGGGGAGUAAGGGCCAGCAGGUUGCCAAAGUGUGCUGAUGCACUGGUUAAGGUCCAGGCUUCCCUAGGCAACACUGCUAACAAGAGAGAGCGUGUCAAGAUCCUGCACAAGAAGAUUGAUGAUUUGUUGAAGUACCUGGACCCUCAGUUCAUUGACAAGAUCUCUGUUCCAGAUGCCAUGAAAGUGGAAUUCAUCCUUGCAGAGGAGGAGUUCAUCCUCUCACAGGCAAGCCUCCUGGAGCAGUUGAGUGGACUGCACCCCCUGCUGGACAGCUCGCACAUUAAAGUGGUGCCUGAGCAUGCAUCCAAGCUGCAGUCCCUCUCGCAGAUACACGUCCAGCAGCAGGACCAAUGUAAAGACCUGACCGAGGAUGUGGAGAUGCUGUUUGAAGACUACAACAAGAUGAUGUUCCUCCUGUCCAAGCAGUUUUCGCAGUGGGAUGAGAUGCUGAGGCUGUUGGAAGCAUCCAGCAAGUGAAGGCGGUGGAGUGAUGUCAUCAUGCCAUUCUCUGAACAACUGUCCCUUUAAAAAAAAAAAAACACUUUUCCCCUUCUUGAGUGCUUGUAUACUGUGUGUAUUUAUAUAUGUGCACAGUGUCUUUUUCUUAAUUUUAGACACAGAUUGGGUUAAUUCUUUGCUGACCACUGUUCUCCACAGCAGUGCACUGCACUCAGCGCUGACUGUUGGGUAUUGUAACAGUAAAGGGCUCAUAUAGCCAUGCAUUGAGUUCUCCUUUGUAAAUGGGAAAGAGAAAUGAAAGCUAUUCAGCUGAGAGAGUGAACAGAGUGGAACCGGAUCAAAACCCUGCACCCUUAGAUAUGAUGACUGAUAAUAUACCUGUUGUUCAGAAGAACUAAAACUGUAUUUAUAAAGGACCACAUUAAACAUAACUUAUUAAAUCCCA